CAUUUUUGCAUUAAAUUUUGAUGUAGAUUUAAAUACUAGUUUAAGAGUUUCAACAGCCGGCAAUACGUGUUUGAGACGCGUCCCUACCACAUUAAAUAACUCUAUUUCCACACACUGGUUGAGUUUUUUGGGUGUUUGUUUAAACACAAGUCAGCUUACUAUUAUUACGCCUAUAAAGACCACUGGAAAAAGAACAGUUAAAAACACAACUAAUUAGCCCAUCUCUCUCACUUGUCACAAAAUCACAACAACAAAAAAUGGAUGGUGAGGAACAGCAAAUAGAUGGUGAUGAAGUUAAUAACCAUGAGAACAAGUUGAAUGAAAAAAAGAAAUCAUGGGGAAAACUAUAUCGACCCGACUCUUUCAGCAUAGAGGCCGGACAAACUCCAACAAAUACCGGGCGUCCCUCAUUGAUGAGCUGGACAACGACGAUGAGUUUGGCAUUUCAGAGCCUAGGAGUGGUGUAUGGAGACAUCGGGACAUCACCGUUGUAUGUGUAUGCAAGUACUUUCACUGAAGGCAUCAAUGACAAAAAUGAUGUCAUUGGUGUUCUCUCGCUCAUCAUCUACACGAUUACUCUCGUCGCACUCCUCAAAUACGUUUUCAUUGUUCUUCAGGCUAACGAUAAUGGUGAAGGAGGAACAUUUGCUUUGUACUCGCUGAUAUGUCGGUAUGCGAAAAUGGGACUAAUUCCAAACCAAGAACCAGAAGAUACAGAACUCUCCAACUAUACACUUCAACUUCCAACCACACAGCUCAAAAGAGCCCAUAUGAUCAAAGAGAAGCUCGAGAGUUCUAAAUUCGCUAAGAUUAUACUCUUCCUCGUCACUAUUAUGGGAACUUCCAUGGUCAUUGGUGAUGGCAUCCUUACUCCUUCCAUUUCAGUACUUUCAGCAGUAAGUGGAAUCAAAUCUCUCGGCCAAGACACAGUUGUGGGUGUUUCGGUUGCAAUCUUGAUUGUUCUAUUCGCAUUUCAGCAGUUUGGAACCGAUAAAGUCGGAUUCUCAUUCGCUCCGAUCAUCCUCGUAUGGUUCACAUUUCUGAUCGGAAUCGGUCUUUUUAAUCUGUUCAAGCAUGACAUUACCGUCUUAAAGGCACUUAAUCCACUCUAUAUCAUUUACUACUUUAGAAGAACUGGUCGAAAAGGUUGGAUUUCCCUCGGAGGUGUUUUCCUUUGCAUCACUGGAACGGAGGCCAUGUUUGCUGAUCUAGGUCAUUUUAGUGUUCAAGCCGUACAGAUUAGUUUCUCAUGUGUCGCAUAUCCGGCGUUAGUAACAAUAUAUUGCGGGCAGGCUGCGUACCUUACUAAACAUACUUCCAAUGUGUCCAAUACUUUCUACGACUCAAUCCCUGAUCCGUUAUACUGGCCAACAUUUGUUGUGGCGGUGGCAGCAUCGAUCAUCGCGAGCCAAGCUAUGAUAUCAGGAGCCUUUUCAGUCAUCUCGCAAUCUCUACGUAUGGGUUGUUUCCCUCGAGUGAAAGUGGUUCACACCUCGGCUAAGUACGAGGGACAAGUCUAUAUCCCGGAGAUCAACUACUUACUCAUGCUUGCAUGCAUCGCUGUUACCGUCGCUUUCAGAACCACUGAGAAGAUUGGCCACGCUUAUGGGAUCGCCGUUGUAACCGUCAUGGUCAUCACAACCUCAAUGGUGACUCUCAUAAUGUUGGUUAUCUGGAAGACGAACAUAGUGUGGAUUGUUAUCUUCUUAAUCGUCUUUGGCUCCAUAGAGAUGUUAUACCUAUCGUCGGUCAUGUACAAGUUUACAAGCGGUGGGUAUUUGUUGAUGGUAGAUUAUGGGCCCGAGCCCAUAAUCCCAUCUUGGGCCUUCAACUCGACGAGACGGGCCGAAGAAUCAGAUUUUAAGGGUCCGGCCCAUUAAGAGUUUAGUUUCGGAAGGGCCCAAGCCCAGUAAGUAUUACACCGACCAAGAGGGGUAAAAGGGGGAUUUAACCCGUAAAGGGUACCCUACUUUUGCACCCUAUAAAUAGUAAAAAGGAAUGAUUGUAAAAGGGAUCCCGAGAUAACCGUUUUCACAAAGAAUAUUGUACAACUGUCAGAGCACUUUGCGGCUCGGCUCGUUCAUCUAU